AUGGCUAACCAAGAAGCAUCAGCAUCGAAAUCUGCUAUUUCAAAGAAAAAGCGAAAAAAUUUUUUUCAAGAACUUCAAAUUAGUGAUAAUUUAAAAAGUCAAGCAGAAGAAUUAGAAGUUGGAUAUAAAUUUGACAAUUGGGAACAUGUAAAUCAAGUAUUGUACACUUACGCCAAAAUAAAAGGCUUUGUUUGGAGAUUACAAAAUACUUAUUAUCGUGUUGAUAAAACAAUUAGCAAAAAAGUAUUUGAGUGUCAUCAUGCAGGCAAACCAUGGAUUUCUAACGAAAAUAAUACUACCUCUUCUCGUGUAGAUUGCACUUGCUAUAUUAAUAUUAAUUGGCCAAAAUCAGAUCCACAUCCUCAAGUAACAACUUUUGAAUCUAAACAUACUAAUCAUGAUCUUAACUUGGUAACAACUAAGUUUGCACCACAAUAUCGAAGUUUAUCUGAGCCAGUUAUAGAUCGAAUCAAGUUUUAUAUUAAUAAUUCAUCUGGAUUAG